CGUCGGGUUGGUUGACAUGCACUGUGUAACCCCUGUUGCUUCCACUCCGAUCCAGUCAACUCCAGCAGUCCGCCCGACAGUCACAGCUUGACAGUGGCAGUACACACAACACAGAGCCAGAGAAAAGACAUUGGAAGGCAAUAUUAUAAUCAUAGAGCAAGGCCUACCUACAUAGGCUACCUUUUCCUUGAGCAUGCCUUAAGUGAAACAAAAACAAGGAACUACAACAACAUCAAAACUGAGAGCAAUGAGUAAUCACAGUAGGGAGGAAAAGUGGACAACAGUUCGAAGAAGUCAAAAGGCUCCACAUAAAGGUGCACCUUUACUGUCACCAGAAAGCAGUGCAAGUUCGGAUGAUGGAUCCACCCAUGGAGGAAGAUCUAGUAGUGAUGUUUACCAAUCAGUGGGGCCGCAGACAAAAACAUUGAACACACAGUUUCUUCAGAAAUUAGCAGGAGGUGUUCAUGUCAAGGAUUGGAAACCGAUCUUCCGGGAUCUUGUCAGCCCCUUUAUUAAGAACGUAGAGGUUCUCAUUGGUGAGAUUGAGAAGGAUAAUCAGAAUGACAGCAGAGAGCAGAAGUAUCAGGCACUGGUGAAGUGGAAGGGCAUCAUGCCUGGAGAUGAUGAGGCUAAAUACGAAGCUCUGGAGGCAAUCCUUAAGAAACAUCACUGCUGGGAGGACAGUGAUCAAGAGGUGGAGAGUGUGAAUACUGGUGGAGCUACAAAGAAGAAACCAAAACAGAAAGACACUGGAGCAAAGCCUAAAGUACCUCCAAAGCUAGAGUAUGAGGUUAACGCUCAGGGAGUUCUUAAUAUUGAACUGGAAGGGAGUCCGGAACCAUUGCUUCAAGUAAAACGAGAGGGUGUCCACACGGUUGAUAAAGUUAGUGUUGCAGAUGCCUUGUUGGUUUCCAUUAUUAAUCCAAGCUCUGCAAAUCUCAAAUUUAAGAUGGAGCUGACAGAGUUGACAGAACGCUACAGUGGCAAGUAUGGUAAAAUGGGUUUAUCAUUUAAGGACAUUGGUGUCGGAAGAGUCGAGUCAUUUGUAAGGAAUAAAAGUAGAUCGUUGAAAUUAAUAGAAGACCCAAGUCACAAGAAAUGCGUUCAAGAGGUGGAAGCUGACACGUGUGAAGGAGGUGAAGAUGUGCAAGCAGUACAUCCGGCUCUGAAUCCACAGUUUUCUGAGAGUGAAUCCGAGUUGGAGAAUUGGGACAGGUAUGAGACUGCAUCUGAGCGGUCAAUGUACACACCUACAAGCCAAUGGGUUCUAGCCCAGAGCCCGAGAGCGAAAAAACACGGAGAUCAUCCCAGGUCGAGUGACGGUGAACUUCCAGGAUCGAAUGCUUUCAAUCAGGAGAUAGAAGAAGCUCAGUUGAAAGAUCUAAUCGUAAAGUGUGAGGGAAGUACGAUUAUAUUUAGGACAGAGGAAGAGUACAUGUAUUCUAAAGAAGCUGGUUCAAAUUUAUUUACCAAGGAUGUUGUGGCCUUAUGGAAUACACCACGAAAGGGUCCUGCACAUAUUGUUGUAGGCGUAGAAGCUCAACUAUCUCCCCCACAUAGGUUAGUUGGUAUAACACAACCCUUAUUUGAUGGCAAUUUUCAAGAUAAGUUUAAGGAAUCCAGUUUCUCUGUCAAGCCAUCUUUUGUCUAUUCCGAGGUUGAAAGUUCAGAUAAGGUGUUUGGAGUAAUAUCUGUAGCAGAUGGUGGGGGCUCUGAUAAAGUGUGCUAUGCUAAAGAGAAUUGUUUGACGGGGGAUAAAUGGUCUCAAAAUGACAUCCUAUUCAGAAAGGGGAAUACAACACAAUGUGCCACUCGAUAUGAUCAAUCCUCUAUCUAUAGAUGGUUCUUGAGCUCACCUGUUAAUACUGCUGGUGCACCUUAUUGUAGCAUGAGUGAAAGAAGUGAAGACUUUGAAGAUUUUAUGAAGCAGUUGGAUGUGGAGAACUAUGAAAGACGCAGCUACUUAUUAAUAGUAAGCCGUUGCUCAGAUGAAACACCUCAUUUGGCAGAUUUAGCUGAUUUCCCAUGGGACCAAGUCUGGGAUUUUGAUCCUGACAGCCGAGAAAGUGGCUUGCUUGCCGUCUGUGAGUCUGAGGACCAAGUAAGGUUAUCUCUUAAGACCUGGAGCGAUCCUCCACCACAUGCUAUGUCUGAAGCCUGUUCUUUGUGGCUAUUUGUCAGAGGCCUGAGAAAGAGAGAGGACAGUCUUGUUGAAGGAAAUGCUCGAACAUGGAAUACACGGGUGAAAAAGGGGCUGGAUGGUUAUUUUCAGCUUCUUAACAAGGGUUGUGAGAAGAAGCCACUGACGGUGGUUGUCCUUUGGUACGGAAACAAGGAGUGCAUUAAGCAUCUACACCGUACUUUACUCAACAUUGACAACGAUGGUAUCCAAUACCUGAUAUGUAUGCCACAAUAUCCAGAGGAUAAAGAAAACCGUGGUUUGAUUUUUGACAUCUGUAACAACUUGGAUAUUCCAAGGGUUAUUGAGUUGCCCCUGGACAGAUUGUGCUGUGGGCUGCAUGAGGACCCUAGAUAUGGUAAGAAACAGCAAGUCCUCGGUCUCCAGCUACCGGGUAGUACUCAAAAUACAAGUGUUGACAAGUAUAAAGCACAGUGGCUCCAGCAACACCUUGAAGUACUCUGCAAGUCUUAUGACGAUCUUACCAUCACACAAGACGGCAUCAAACAUGGAGAGAGCUUUAUGAAAGGGGGAACAUUAAGCUGGGAAGAUAAACAUCUUGGUACUUGUGAUGCAAAUCGGACGCUGUCCACCAAGCUCAAAGACUACCUAACAAAACAACUCACAAAAGAUGUUUCAGCUUGUGUAAAAGUUUACCAUGAACCUGGCGCAGGAGGAACAACGUUAAGUCGACAGAUGCUGUGGGAAUUCCAUACACGGUAUCCUUGUGCAUAUGCCUUUGCAGAUGCCAUUGACCCAUCUGAACUUUGUCCUCGACUAGAGUUCUUGUUUGAAAGUACUAAUCUACCAGUUAUUCUCCUCGUUGAUGGACAAGAGUCUAGACUCGUCAAAGAGUUGUUUCAGAGAAGCAGCAAGAAAAUCCCUAUCAUCAUUCUGAGUGUCCAUCGAUACACAAUGGAGAUAGGGAACAAAACACAGCAAGGCGAAAGGUUUUGGCUCAAAGGUGAGGUUGACAGUGUAGAGGCAGAACGCUUCCGGGCUGUUUUCUCUUCGCAGUUGUGCUCUGGGGGAACACAGUCAGAGUUGAGAAGAAUGGCCCAGGAUGUCAAAGAUGGAAAGAGACACUUUGUAUAUGAAUUUGGUCUCACUGUCUAUCAUGAAGGGUACACUGGACUCCGAUCAUAUGUUGCCGGAUUCCUUGAGUUGCCAAGAGACGGCCAUCUAAGUAAUUGGCAGAAAGCAGUUGGCUACUUGGCUUUAGCAUACUUUUAUGGGCAUCAGAAAGUCCCGUGCCAGUUCUUUUCAGACCUGUUUGGCAAAAACAGAACUGAAAUAGUCAAAGCCGAUGAAGACUUGACGCACAGUGGAAAGCAGUUUGUCAUUGAGGACAAACAAAGCUGCACAUGGAGAAUUACCCAUUAUGCUGUAGCCCAGGAAAUUCUUGAGCAGAUUCUGACCCCUGGUUUUACCCCUGCUAAUGACAAAGAUGGUACACGUAGGCUAAGCAGUCGUGCCCUAAGGAACCUUAAGGACUUUGCAAUGAAAUUUUUGACAUAUGCCAGCACGACCCAUCUACACUUGUCCAUAAUGGGCAUCUUGCAGGUUAUGUUCAUCCAUCGUGAUUACAAAGAAGUUGGACAGGCUGCCCAUAAACGAGAAAGUCUCUCCAGACUACUUUUUGAUCUCCCCUCCUCUGACCAACUGGACAUAAUGGAGCACCUUGUGAAGUGUUUCCCUACAAAUCCCACUUUCUUUUCUCACUUGGGAAGAUUACAUAUCUGGAUACAAAACUUUUCUCACGCAGAAAAGCAUCUGACUACAGCAAAAGAUCUCAGGCUGAGAGAAAUCAAGACCAAAGAGGAAAAGUACUCUCAGAAUAGAGGUGACCAAGUAAAUGAAAGUGAAUUUUCCCAAGACGCCAAUCUGUGCACAAUAUAUCAUAACUUUGGCAUUCUCUACCAUGAAGAAAUAAAACAACUCAUUGGUGGUGGAAAACAUGGCAGUGGCAAACAGUACAAGUGCAAUCCUUACAAAGAAGGCCUCAUUCAGGAAUUGUGUAAGAAAGCAUGUUCUGCAAUUAACAACUUCACCAGCUGUAGACAGUACCGGAAAAAAGGCAUGGAUAUAAGUUAUGGCUUUUUGGGAGAAAUCAAGGUGUACCUGCAUGUUGCCGAUUUCAUACAGACACGCUUCAAACCAGAUGGGUACUAUGGAUUUCUUGAAUCACAAGGAAAACCGGAAAACAUGAUCAACCUUUUGGAGAAGUGCUUUAACAAAGCACAUAGUCUUCUAGGAGAGUACCAGGAUCUGAUAACAUCAGACCCAGAUGACAAGCCAGUCACUGACGAUUUUAAUUAUUGUAGGAACUGGUUUCACGCAAUAUUUGAUGAUGCAGAGACAGCUUUGAAUUACUGGCAGGGAACCGACAGUGUAGACAGCAUCAGAAGUAAAAUAGCCGUUUAUAAACUGAAACACCAAAAAGAUAAGCCACUGGCUCGUGGGUCAGCCGAGGCUAUUAAUAACAUUACUUCAAAAGAAGAUGUGGAUAGCAUAACUGAGCUGUAUGAACGAAUGUUCGGGGAUGCGUACAAGAAAAACAUCCGUCUCGAUAUAAGUGCUGACCUGCGUGACUGGAUGCUUGUGAUACGUAACAUCAAACGGUCUACUGUAUACCCACUUGCAGGAAAGGUUCUUCAUCACGUAACAAACUGCUGCAGUUUAUCUAUCCGCCCAUCCCCCACAGCAUUAUACUACAGCUUUAUUCUCAACGUUACGCUUGCCCUUUUCACACACAGUAAGAAGUACUUCACCGAGGCAAACAGCAUCCUUAACAAACUGAGGAAAGUGAGGUCAAAAUUGAAUGAAUCUUACAGAACCUUUACUUGGGAGUGGCUUGGGUUGAAGGUAGAUGGAUGUAGUAUUGAUUGUUUAGUCCACAGAAGUUCUCUGGGUGUGUGGAAUUCAGAGAAACGCUUUUGGCAAGAUGAGAGAGCUCAUGCCAAGCUACAAGUAUUCACAGGGGUUAUCACAGAAAGUAAGAUGCCCCUCUUGGGCAGGAUCUGCAUUACAACAGAUAGCACUGAAGUCAGGCACUCCGCGAGUCCAAGUGAAGGCAGACACUCUGGGAGUUCGCUCAGUGCAGCGUUUGUGCCAAAAGAGUGUGGACUGUUUGGGAAGCACUACCUGAACACAGAGGUGGAGUUCUACAUCGGAUUCAAUAUUGAGCAUGGUGUUCAAGCUUACAAUGUUUGUGAACUCAAGAAGUAUCCAUGUCACAACUGUAAUGCAAAGGGGCCGGUUUCAAAGCUUAAUCCAAUAAAGAAAGGCUGCGUAAAGUGUAACCAUCCUGUACAUGUCCAUAAAGAUUCUGAAUAAGAGUAAGCUGUUUAAGGAAACAGUCAGCAAGCAAACCAGGACAUGUAAGUGUUUGUGUCUCUUCCAACUACUUUUGAUCUCUUUCCACCCUUUUGUCUUGGCCAAAAGGCUCUACUUGGACAGUGCUUUGAAUCUUCCUUUGCUUUGCUCAUCCCUACUUUGAAUCAGACAGGGACUGUAAAAUGAGCAAAAUUAACUGCCUACGCAUGAUCUGCAAAUACUUCACUAUAAAGUGCUAUUUUGAGGCAAAUGCAUUUAUAACCACUUCAGUUUAGUACAAACAAAUCUUCACUCUGCCACACUAUUGAGCACUACUAGUAAAGUUAAGCUUGCAUAAAGCAUGCUUAAGCACAAAUAGUAGCUAAGCACAACACAAUAUGCUUACCAGAAUAAAGUCACCAACCAUGUAAUAUGUAUCAUUUGUGGCAGGUAAAUGUCAAGUAAUAUUUCCUGGUAAGCAGCUCUAUGAAAAUGGCCCCAUGUAAGUCUACUGCCACCUUUUGUUCCAAACUCUCACAUUGGGCUUUCUCAUGUAUUCCCACAAUGGCAACAAAAAUCGUCCUUAAUCACGUACUUAACAAACUAUGCCAAUCGGAGCACUUUGACUUCACCACAGAGCUUUGUGUUGCAUACACUAUGUGGACAUUCCUUCGUUAUGUGAUUAACACUGUGAGGACAUGUGUAAGUCCACACAGUGUUUGUUUUAUAAUGUGGACCAUAUUUUGCUCUCAGAUUUAAACUUUGAAAGCAAUGCUUAAAAACAGAUUCUACUGCCCAGAUUAUCUUCAUACUAUGUACAUGUACUCUUCCUUUGUAAUAAUGCACAUAUGAUUUUAUAUGCAACUUAAAGUGCAGAUUCCUGCAUUAUGACCAAAACCAAUCCCUUGUAAAAAUUAACAUAUUAUGAUUAGAACUAGUCUUUGAAACAGAUUUGAUAGAUUAUUGAAUUGUAAAAUGUUUUCCAUGCUGCCAAAACAAUAUGUAUGGCUGCAUAAACUUAAAGGGAGUUCUGAGUAAGAUUUCUUGCUGUACAUGUACUUUGCUAAAGAUUUAUGUUGUAUUGGACAAGAAACUCAUACAAGGAAAACCCUAAUGCAUGGCUUAAAAUGCAAUAGACCUCUUGCAUGUGACAUCACACUCUCAAAAAGCGCCCUCACUGGUGUCAAAGGAGCGAAUGAUUGGACGAUGGCUGUUCUUUGUGUGUAAUAAUAAGCGCGUAUGCUCAUCGUUCCUGUAGCGUGUCGUGUUAUGCAAAGGGUAUAUUCAUUAUAUCCAGCACCUGAUUUCCAUCAAUUUAACUUUUUGUAUAAAAAAAUUUGUGCAUAAAUAUUUAUUUUUGAUUGGCAAUAAUAUGCUUAAAAAAGAGUACAAUUUUAAGUUGUUUUUGUUUAUUUUAAGGUUAUGUGAAACACGUUGUAUUUUUCCAUGGUGUAAAGCAUAUGUAUGUCAUAAUUUGGUUUACAUCUUAUAUUUUUAACACAUGUUGUAAAACUUUCAAAAGGUGCAUUUAUCUCAUUAUUCCAUAAUAAAAAUUCCUGGCAGCUCUUGAAUUUUUUUAAGGUCAGUAAGUUUACAUCUUUAUGGCCCAAGUUAAGUUGAGCUGUUUGUUUACAGAAACAUUUAUAUCAAAAAGGUUUACUUAAAAAUUUGUAGCAAACAGUUAACAUUCAACUUGUAGGUUUACUCUCAGAUUAAGUGGACUGUCAUUUUGGAAAAAAAGUUAAACAAAUCACAGCAACACAUAUUUGAAUAUCUGUUUUGUUGUUGGUUUUUAUACAAAUGUUCCAAUGUUGGUGAACUAAUUUAAAACAAAAAAUGUAAAACUUUUUGAAGACCACACAGAUCUGCAGUCCUUGACAUAAGAAAUAUCACAUUCUGAAAUACUGCCUGCUGUAAAAUCUAUAUUUUUUAAUAAACAUAUUUAUGUACAGUAUACGAAUGAGUAAUGACCAAAGAAGUUCAAAACUUCAUCAAUUGUAAGUUUACUACAAACAAAUUAAUAGUUUGACAAUUUCAUAAGUGGGUUUUAAAGGCACUGGACACCUUUGAUUGGUAA